AUGCCAUAUGCAUUAUGGAUACUGUGGGCCUUGGGGGCCAUAAUCAGCCUCUCCAAAGAAGGGUCCCCUUAUCCGGGUUCUCUGUCUUGUGACCCCACAGGUGUCUGCAAUGGCUCCUCCAGAUAUUUAAAUUCCAUUCCCUCAGGGCUCACAGCAGCUGUGAAAAGCCUCAAUCUGUCCAACAACGAGAUUGCAUAUAUCAGCAACACUGACCUGCAGAUGUGUGUGAACCUCAAAGCUCUUAUUCUGAAGUCCAACGGGAUUAAUAGAAUAGAUGAAGAUGCUUUUUUAUCCCUUGGAAGGCUUGAACAUUUGGACUUAUCCUAUAAUUACUUAUCUAAUCUAUCAUUCUCCUGGUUCAGGCCCCUUUCUUCCUUGCAGUUCUUAAACUUACUGGGAAAUCUUUACAAAGAACUUGGGGAAACAUCUCUUUUUUCUCAUCUUAUAAAUUUGCGAGUCCUGAAAGUAGGAAAUGCUUACAUGUCUAAGAUUCAGAAAAAGGAUUUUUCUGGAAUAAGUUUUCUUGAGGAACUUGAGAUUAAUUCCAAUCUCCAGAGUUAUGAACGAAAAAGCUUGAAGUCAGUUCAGAAGAUAAGACAUCUGAUACUUUAUAUGAAACAGCCUCUAUUACUGCCAAUGAUUUUUGUAGAUCUUUUAAAUUCCUUGGAAUAUUUUGAACUGAGAGAUACCGAUUUGUAUACGUUCCGUUUUUCAGAACAACCCAUCAGUGAAAUCAACUCAUCAAUUAAAAAGUUUACAUUUAGCAAUGUGGAAAUCUCCGAUGAAAGUUUUAAUGAAGUUGUAAAAAUGCUCAGUUAUGGGUCUGAAUUGUUAGAAUUAGAGUUUGAUGACUGUACCCUUAAUGGAAUUGGUGAUUUUGAUUCAUCUAUUAUGGAGAAAAUUAAGUAUCCAGGUAAAGUAGACUCGUUAAUAAUACGGAGGUUGCAUAUUCCAAAGUUUUACUUAUUUUAUGAUUUGAGUAGUUUAUAUGCACUCACAGGAAAUGUUAGAAGAAUCACAAUAGAAAACAGUAGGGUUUUUCUGGUUCCUUGUUUACUUUCACAACAUUUAAAAUCAUUAGAAUACUUGGAUCUUAGUGAAAAUUUGAUGGUCGAAGAAUACUUGAAAAAUUCAGCUUGUGAGGGUGGCUGGCCCUCCCUACAAACCUUAAUUUUACGGCAAAAUCAUCUGACAUCAUUAGAGGAAACUGGAGAAACUUUGCUUACUCUGAAAAACCUGACUAGUCUUGAUAUCAGUAAGAAUAACUUUCAGUCUAUGCCUAAAAUUUGUCGUUGGCCACAAAAGAUGAAAUAUUUGAACUUAUCCAGCACACGAAUACAUCGUUUAACCCAAUGCAUUCCCCAGACACUGGAAAUUUUAGAUGUUAGCAGUAACAAUCUCAAUUCAUUUUCUUUGACUUUGCCACAACUCAAAGAACUUUAUAUUUCUAGAAAUAAGUUGAAGACUCUACCAGAUUCUGCCUUCUUACCUAUGUUACUAGUCAUGAGAAUCACCAGCAACACAAUAAAUACUUUCUCUAAGGAGCAAUUUGAUUCCUUUCAAAAACUGAAGUCAUUGGAAGCGGGUGGAAACAACUUCAUUUGCUCCUGUGAAUUUCUGUCUUUCACUCAGGAACACCGAGCACUGACUGAGGUCCUGACUGACUGGCCAGAAAGCUACCUGUGUGACUCUCCGUCCCAUGUGCGAGGCCAGCGAGUUCAGGACACGCAUCUCUCAGUUGCCGAGUGCCAUAGGGUAGCCCUAGUGUCUGCUGUGUGCUGUGCCCUUCUUCUGUUGAUCCUUCUCACUGGGGCUCUGUGCCACCGUUUCCAUGGCCUGUGGUACAUGAAAAUGAUGUGGGCCUGGCUCCAGGCCAAAAGGAAGCCCAGGAAAGCACCCAACAGGGAAAUCUGUUAUGAUGCCUUUGUUUCUUAUAGUGAAAAGGAUUCUUACUGGGUGGAGAAUGUUAUGGUCCAGGAGCUGGAGAACUUUGAUCCCCCCUUUAAGUUGUGUCUCCAUAAGCGGGACUUUGUUCCUGGCAAGUGGAUUAUUGACAAUAUCAUCGAUUCCAUUGAAAAGAGUUAUAAAACUGUCUUUGUGCUUUCUGAAAACUUUGUGAAGAGUGAGUGGUGCAAGUAUGAACUGGACUUCUCCCAUUUUCGCCUCUUUGAUGAGAACAAUGACGCUGCCAUUCUCAUUCUUCUGGAGCCAAUUGAGAAGAAAGCCAUCCCCCAGCGGUUCUGUAAACUGCGGAAGAUCAUGAACACCAAGACCUACCUGGAGUGGCCCGCUGAUGAAGUUCAGCAGCAAGGGUUUUGGUUAAACUUGAGAGCUGCAUUAAAGUCCUACUAG